GAGUACCGGGCAGACAAUUGGUGCUGGGACAGACAGAACAAAUCCUCUGAUGUACAUUUGUCCACCAAUCAGCUGGCUGCAUAUUUCCAUAUAGGUAAUGCUUAACUGAUGUGUACUGUGGUUGUUUUAAACCAGAAGCAUAUAAUUACCAGAAAGCAAACAAUUAAAGUGCACUGUAAUCAAAGCAGUUGGACUUGAAAAUGAAGUUUGAGAAAAAUGUCAUUUGCUUCUUACAAACUAGGAAGUAAACAUAGCUUUCAUAUCACAUAGUUCAAAGAAAUUAAGCCUCAUUUUUCUGCUGAUAUUGUGCAUCAUUUUGCACAAUAUGAAUAAGUAAAAAAAUGGAAAAAUUACUUGCAAUAAAUGCAUCCAGUUUAAGGUAUACCUGUAAACAUCAAACCACUUAGCUGUUGAAACCUUUUAGUUUCGUCAUGUUUUUAACCCGUAACGUUUUACAACUCUCAACACUCAACUUUUUCUACAGGCCUACUGAUUGCUUAACCAUUAAAUAGGUCAUUAUAUGACCUGUUUAAGUUGUACACAUGAGAACAGUUGGUCAUCCCAGAAAUCAAGUUACAUAUAUCAAUCGAUCUGUUUCUUGUGACUCUACUGCAUGUUUACCAGGAGUCUCCGAUAGCAUCUUAACAGUUCAAGUGGAAAUGAUGUGAUCUGAUCGCUUUCCUUUUGCCACAAAGAAAGUUGCAGCUGCACUGAUGGUCACACAGAUGGUUGCACUGACGGAGAGAGACAUAUACCAUGUCGCAAAGACGUAUUGCUGGUGGCUUGACUUCAGCCAGAUCCACUGACACAUUCCUCACUCAGGGAUCAAGUAGACCCUCAUUCUUCAUCGGAAUAGCCAAAGGUCAGCAUUGGCGGGCGUGUCACCUCAUGCAGGUUUCUUGCACCCGUCUCAGUUUGGCAAGAAUCUCAAGAGUAUGAGUCUACUGAAGCUUGCUGGUGCUAACGCUCAGCUGAUCUCCAGACUCCUUUCAAAAGGACCACAGUCACACAAGCCAAAAAUCUGAUGAGAUGUCAUCUCCUUCACUGAAGUGCAGUGCAUGCAGAGGCACUGUAUUUACUCCAUCGAAAGCCACCGUUUCACCGAAGAAGCCUGGCCUACAUGUACAUGUACAUCCGCACGAAGAUUCUGUCCUCGUUAUAACCAGCAUUAUGUGUGACCGGUGCUGCUUAACCUCUCCUCGUGGUGAUGGGCUCUGUCUUGACAUGAGCUGUUUCCCUGAAUGUAGUCAUGAAACACCAUUCUGUUGUGGCACAGUAUGGUGUGUGAUGCCGAGGAGGAUAGUAUGGGCACGGCGGGGGUGCGGGGAACUCAAGGGUUCCAUGAAGGAGAGUUUUACUGGGAGAUAAUCUUCACAGAGCCGGCGUUUGGCACAGCAGUCAUGGUCGGUGUGGGGACUCGCAAAGCACUACUGCAUACCACCAACUACCAGUAUAUUAACAUGCUAGGCAUGGAUGACCAGAGCUGGGGACUGUCUUACAAAGGCACCCUGUGGCACAACGGCACCAGCCAACAGUAUUGCCAGCCUUUCUACGAGAACAACACAAGAAUAGGAAUACUGCUUAACCUGUACGUCGGCACACUGACCUUCUUCAAGGACGGAGUCAACCUGGGCGUGGCUUUCAAAGAUCUACACCAUGUCGGGGAGGACCUGUACCCACUGGCCUGCUCCACAGCAGCUGAGACAGAGCUGGAGCUCGGGGUACGCAGCUCUAGGAAGCUCCGCCUACAGGACAAAUGCUACUCCACCAUCCUCCGACACAUUGGCCACAACGACAACAACAUCGAUAUACUUCCACUCCCGCACACCAUGAAGCAUGUACUGAAAGUAGACCGGCAUAACGCCCGUCUCUAAAAUCGGUCGCUGCUACGUUUUGAAAUACGUGCGGGAACCAAGCAGGUGUAAAUAAAAAUUUUAAAGAUAUAGAAAAACUACAUUGAAUGUUCUUUUUAAAAGUAUUUGCAAGAAAACUGUCCAGUUUUAAAAAGGUGUGAAAGAGAAAAUGCAUUCUGACAAGUCGGAUCAUAACUCCUCGUAUUCUGAAUACCAUCCUGAUAUUCCUUUCAAAAGGGCAGUCAAGCAAAUGUUGACCAUUUUUAUUUACUUGCAGACACUACUUACAUUUUCCAUUGUGAGUGAUACGAUGCAGUGGGGUAGCCUGUAUUCAAGUAUUGUUUUAAACUCUUGAGAACAGUGCAAAGUUGUUAUAGAUUGAUCAUGCUUGCAUAUGGCAGCAAUUUGCACUCGGUCAGGUUUGUAAAAAAAUAAGUGAUACGGGGAAUGAACCGACAUUGUAGCUAAUUGUGCCAAGAGGUUUGCAAUGAGAGGUGUGCUUGUAGAUGUUUACUUAUUUCCUCAUAACAUACCAGACUUUGUUGUGGAUUUCAGCCGGACGUCAACUUAAUUGUGGGAAAGGUUCGAUCAUGACUGGUGUCCAUUGCUGUAUAACCACUUACCAGUUAUGCAAUUCACAAUGAUGUAUUUCAUUUGUAAUCAGAGAACAGUUUGAACAGAUCACUACUUUAAUUGCCAGCUCAGUCCAUCAAGGGUCAUCACCUCUUAUCUUAAUCAGGAGUAAAUUCCAGUUGUAUCCAUAAUGUAACAUAAUAGUGGAAUACCUCAAAUACUAAAAAGAUUUGUUAGUCUGAGGACAGUAUUUUGUUUCAUCAGAGAAUUUUAAAUACAUGUACAUCAAUGUUUGGCCCUUGAUGCCAAACAAGACCAUAAAACAUGGCCUCUCUUGUACCGAGUUGGCGAACUGGCUCUUUAAUCUUGUCAUUAAUCAUUAAAAAAUAUUGUUAUUAGAUUUGUGAUUUACUCAUACGUGUACACCCAAAAGGGCUCAGGGAUUUACCUUGAGGUGACUAAUUCUUGAAAACUUUGGUCCACUGCAGAGGUAGUGUUCCAAUAUAUGCUGUUCAAAGCAUACAGCUUGUAUAGUGACUCAGUUUCAUGGCAGAUGUUUGCUGGUUUCUUAAUUGUCCCAGUGUAUUCAGGCUUUUUAAAGUUUAUGUGAAUGAUGUAUGGGCCUCGAGCUGGACCAAGAGAGGGCAUUAUUUUCUUAGCAAUGGAGGCUCUUUCGGUCAAAACUGACCUUCUCUGGUCAACAAACAAUUAGGAAAUGCACAGGUCACAGUCGCAUAGCUACCAACAACUGAACACUCCCGACUAACGGCACUCUUUUCAACCAAUGAGAAGAUGCUUCUCGGAGAGCUGAUCAAUGCAGUAAAACAGCUGUGGUGCCCUCUCAAGGAAAGGAUAACUUAGAAUUAUUAAUGUUAAGAGUAACCAUGUCUUUCACCCAAGUGGACAGUUUACUCAGUAGAAGUUGUUUAUUAAUUUGUAAGUUCUCUUGUUGAGGUGACAUUAUUGCUAAGUCAUUCCCAAGACUGAAAUUUGUGUCAAAGUGUGAUGUACAUGUAUAUGCAUCUUAAUAUAUUUUCAGAUGUUGGGUUUAAGAGUUACUUCCCAGAUCGCAAUAAAAUUAUGUGAAAAAACAAACGUAA